AUGUUGGCCCUUGAGGCAGAUGAUGUGAACUUUGCCAGAUGCUCUGUGCGUUCCUUGUUGUCGGAUAUGGGGGUUGAGUCUGGCCUGUGGCAGCUUCCAACUUUGGUACACGAUCCGGCCGAAGAUUUUGCGUCUCAGACACGAUGUUUUGAGAAUGCAGCUCCUCUAGCAGAUGGCGACCACAUGUUGCACCACUGCAUGACUGAGUUGGAGCUUGGGUUCUCUGCCAUCGACAAAGAGAUGUGGGCUUGCUUUGAUUCCCAGCUGAAUGGGUUGGCCAAAGUCUUCAGCAAACGUGAUCAUCUAGAGCGCUACCUCAAGACAAACAUAUUGAACAAUGACAAAAUCCCAGCACAAGCCAAGCAGGGUUUGACGUCGAUGUUCCGCAGUACGUGUCCGACCUACAACAAGUCGCGGUGGCACUUCAUGUUCGAUGUGCUACACUGGCUUGCGAGCCGACGCCAGCUGCUUGAUUGGCUGGAGCCCGACACUUCCCGCGGGGCUGGCGGUUCUGAAGACUUGACAAAAUCAGAGGGAGAAAAUUUGAGGAAACGCAAAGACAGUGAUCGUGCGGAGGCGAUGGCUGGCGAAAGAACCCGCGCUAGAGACAAGCCCUGUAGAUUGGCCGGUCGUCGGCUGAUUGAAUUGAGCUGCGGCAAGGCACGUGACUUCUUAGAUGAGUUGGAGGCGAUGAAGUUGGAAGCUUCUUCUCAAGCAGCUGUCUCUCUGAGGCAUCUGCAAACCUUUGGGGAAGAAGCCUCAGGCUUUGCAGAGCGAGUGAAGGCUGCAUUUUCCACUGCCCAACGCAAGAUCAUGCUGCGAUUUGAGCAGGGUUCGUCGUACUAUAGCAAGUUUCCAUGGAACAUUGUCAAACUUCUGGGGUACACCGUCGCCCCAAAACACCAGAGGCAAGCCGAGGCUCGCAACAGCAGGGUCUUUGCUGCAGAGCUUUGUUCAUUGUUCGAUGCUGGUGAGCUGCAAUUCACCGGCACUUUUGCGGCACGGUUCUUUUCGGGGCCGCUUUUCGUUGCACUGAGAGCGUGGGCAUGCGUGGGUAAUGAAGACGACAUGGACACCCGCCUUUUCCGGGAACUGUUUGCUUAUGGGGUGAGCCUUGUGGCCAUGCAGCGUCUCGAGGGACGACACCACCUUGUGAACUUGCGGAUGAGCACCAGCCGCGCAAGCACAGCAACAACUGUUUCUGCGGCGCUUCGCCGCAGACAGAACAAGGAUGUUCACCGCCAAAGUUUCCGUGAUGAGCUUGAAGACUUUCUUCAAGACUUCAAGAGUCUCAUUCCUGAACCUUGGAAUAGCAUGGCAGAGCUUCAAAGGCUCAUAUCCGGACAGCAUUUGGACAUAAUGUUCCAAGACGUGUCUCGCGAGGAACUUUUGAUCAGUGCCGCUUCCGCUGCCUCCAGGACUGUAGACGCAGGGGACCACGGUGAGUUGGUUUUGUUCCAGCAGCACAUCAAGAGUGUCAUGAAGGAAGGCUCUUGUUAUGCCGUGCCCAUAUCAUCUGGCGCGAACGGUACUGUGUAUGAUGUUCUUCAAUUGUUGUCGUGCAAGCCAGCAGCUAAGAAGUACAUGGAACGAGUGGCGGGCAAGGGCGAGGACAAGUGGGUCGGGCAGGUUGCCGUCGCAAAGCUUGGGCGAACGAUCGCAACACCCCAUGUUUCAUCACCUGUUGUCAUCGAUGUUGAAGUUGAUCCUGAGACUGCUCCGGACCAGCUUUGCCCAUAUCCUUGCGACUCACAAUUCUCUUCCAGUCUAAACAGUGUGGAAGCUUUUCCAGUUCAUACCUUCUUCAAGUAUGGCUUUGAGCACAUUUAUGAGUUUCAGGUUCAGAGAAGCGCUUGUGUUUUGUCAGAAGCAGCAUUGGAAGACGCAGCAGAGAUCUUGGAGCUGGACGUCGAUGCGGAG